UUUACACAGAGACGUCACGUUUGAAAAAUCGAUUCAACCAACGUGGUUAUCAUCAGUUGAAUUGUUUGUCUUUUCCACAUCACUACUGACACGCCCCAUAAUAAAAUCACACACUUCAAUCAUCAUCUUCUUCAUCUCCAUUAAUCUCUCUCUCUCUUAACGAUCCAUUUUUGAUAUGGCGAGAAACACUACAGACAUUAACCAAUCUUCUCUCCUCCGCUAUUGCUCUUCCAACGUUUCUGGCUUCCCUCUUUCCCCAACUCAUUUCAAUCUCUCUCAGUUUGGACAUGGACAGUCCAAUCCCACUUACUUGAUGGAAGUUGGUUCAAAUGGAUCGGCUGUGAAGCGCUAUGUUCUUAGGAAGAAGCCUCCUGGUGAAUUAUUGGCUUCAGCUCAUGCUGUUGAAAGAGAGUUUCUGGUUCUCCAGGCUCUAGGCAACCAAACCAAAGUUCCAGUUCCUAAAGUUUUCUGUUUAUGCAAUGAUGCAACUGUUAUUGGGACACCAUUUUAUAUUAUGGAGUAUUUGGAAGGAAGGAUAUUCAUUGAUCCCAAAUUACCUGGUAUAUCACCAGAGAGUAGGAGGGCAAUUUACCGUGAAACUGCUAAAACCUUAGCUGCAUUACAUUCUGCUAACGUGGAUUCCAUUGGUCUGGGAAAUUACGGACGACAUAAUGAUUAUUGCAAAAGACAGAUUGAGAGGUGGGCUAAGCAAUAUGUCGCCUCAACCAGUGAGGGUAAACCUGCAAGCAAUCCAAAAAUGUUUGCCUUGAUUGAUUGGCUACGGCAUCAUAUCCCUUCUGAAGAUUCUUCAGGAGCAACAGCAGGUUUGGUUCAUGGUGAUUUUCGCAUCGACAAUCUUGUGUUCCACCCCACAGAGGAUCGAGUAAUUGGCGUACUUGACUGGGAACUGUCUACCCUUGGUAACCAAAUGUGUGAUGUUGCAUAUAUCUGUAUGUCUUAUAUUAAAGAUAUUGGGAAUGAUAAAAUUCGGGAAGGUAUGGAACGUUCAGGAUUGCCAGAGGGAAUUCCUCCACUACCAGAAUAUUUGGCUGAAUAUUGCUCUCUAAUGGGAAGAAAAUGGCCUGUUGCUGAAUGGAAGUUCUACAUUGCCUUUUCUUUGUUCCGUGGGGCUUCAAUUUAUGCAGGAGUGUAUAGUAGAUGGGUUAAGGGUAAUGCAUCUGGUGGUGAGCGUGCUCGUAACACAGAAGUACUUGCUAAUGGUCUUAUUGAUGCUGCUUGGGAAUUUGUUGAACGCAAAUUUGUGCUUCCUCAGCAACCUCCUCCAGGUGUAAAUGCAAAAGAAUUUUCAAAAGAGUUAGUGAAGGGGAAUGAAAUGCAGGGAAUCCAAAAUGAGGGGAGGUUUGUUCCUAGUGAAAAGGUUUUAGUGCUGAGGAAUAAAAUAACUAAGUUCAUGGAGGAACACAUAUACCCCAUGGAAGAGGAAUUUUAUAAACUUGCCCAGUCAGAUGCACGUUGGACUGUUCACCCAGCAGAGGAAAAAUUGAAGGAGUUAGCAAAGAAAGAAGGCUUGUGGAACUUAUGGAUUCCUGUUGAUAGUGCUGCGAGGGCAAAGAAAAUUCUUUAUGAUGGGAGCAAUAAUGAUCUCUCUGCUGAUGCAAAUAACUUGUUAUUGGGUGCUGGUCUAACAAAUCUCGAAUAUGGAUACCUUUGUGAGACGUUGGGUCGUUCUGUUUGGGCUCCACAAAUAUUUAACUGUGGUGCGCCUGACACUGGUAAUAUGGAGGUUUUAUUGCGCAAUGGAAAUAAAGAACAAAUGCAACAAUGGCUUAUUCCUUUGCUUGAGGGGACAAUUAGGUCUGGAUUUGCAAUGACAGAACCACAAGUUGCAUCUUCUGAUGCAACCAAUAUCGAGUGUUCCAUCAAAAGGCAAGGAGAUUCAUAUAUUAUAAAUGGGAGAAAAUGGUGGACAAGUGGUGCUAUGGACCCAAGAUGCAGAGUUCUCAUAGUCAUGGGGAAAACUGACUUCAACGCGCCGAGGCAUAAACAACAAUCGAUGAUCUUAGUGGAUACUCAGACUCCUGGUGUUCACGUAAAGAGACCUUUGAUGGUGUUUGGCUUUGAUGAUGCACCUCAUGGACACGCAGAAGUAAUAUUCGAUAAUGUUCGUGUGCCUGCCACAAAUAUCUUAAUGGGUGAAGGACGUGGGUUUGAGAUCGCUCAAGCUAGGCUAGGUCCUGGAAGGAUGCACCAUUGUAUGAGACUAAUAGGCGCUGCCGAGCGAGGCAUGCAAUUGAUGGUUCAAAGAGCUCUUAGUAGAAAAGCAUUUGGGAAAUUUAUUGCUCAACAUGGCUCAUUUGUUUCAGAUAUAGCUAAGUGCCGAAUAGAGCUAGAGCAGACUAGAUUGUUGGUGUUAGAAGCUGCGGACCAGCUUGAUCGUUAUGGGAACAAAAAAGCUCGAGGGAUAAUUUCAAUGGCUAAGGUAGCUGCACCAAACAUGGCAUUAAAGGUACUUGACAUGGCGAUGCAAGUGCAUGGAGCAGCCGGUUUAUCAUCUGACACAGUCCUUGCACAUCUGUGGGCAACUGCGAGGACGUUGAGAAUCGCAGAUGGUCCGGAUGAAGUCCAUCUAGUUACCAUAGGCAAGUUAGAAUUACAGAGAGCCAAGCUUUGAGAAUUAAAAGCAAGACACCAAAUAAAAACUCACAGGAAAGGAGAAUUCACAAUCUCACUAAUAAUGCUAAUCUCACUAAUAAAUGCUUAUAUGACAUGUUUUUAGUGACAUGACAUGUGAUAUGCUAUGAUGAUGUUGAAUAAUUAAUACACAUGAAAUUGCAAUAAAACUCUAAAAACUUCAGUUUCAACUUCAAAAAUUAUAUAUUUUUGUAAUUUAAUUAUUUACAAAUGAAUAAUUGUUGAAUCUA